AUGCCACGCCAUGAUAAUACUGGAUAUGUCUCCAUAACGAAUCUCCUCAAACGACUGGCAACUCUGGAAUCAGCAAGACAAGUGAGCUCUGAAGACAUUGCCGCCGCUGUCGCUCUCAUUUUCACGAACAGUCUAUCUCCAGUGCAGUUUGGUGUUUUGCUAUGGGCAUUGCACACGACCAAUUUGGACCACCAAGCGGAUGUUCUGGCAGAAUGUGCUUCAGCAAUGCGGGGAGCAGCAGCACAAGUUGACAAGGAAGCAUUGGAGGCCGUUGUGAAGAAGAACAGGAAGCCAGAAGGUGCCUAUGGCGGGAACCUGUGUGAUAUUGUGGGAACUGGCGGCGAUGGACACAACACCUACAACGUUUCGACAACUUCCUCGAUUAUAGCAUCAGCUCUGUUGAUGAUGGCUAAACAUGGCAACAACUCCUCGACAUCUCUUUCGGGUUCAGCAGACCUCUUGCAACAUGCUCCCAAGCCACCCAUCAUCGCAGCAACGACGGCAGCCAAUCUUCCCCAAAUCUACGAGAAGACUAACUAUGGCUUCCUCUACGCUCGUGAGUGGCACCCAGGCAUGAAUUACGGAGCCGCUAUUCGACGAGAGGUCCCUGUGAGAACCAUCUUCAACUUGCUAGGGCCUCUUGCGAACCCUGUGCAUGAUGCUGGUCUCGUGGAGUGUCGGAUUCUUGGUGUCGCCCGAAAGGACGUCGGUCAGAAUUUUGCAGACUCACUUCGCCUGAGUGGUUCACGGAAAGCGCUGGUAGUGUGUGGCGAUGAGAACCUCGAUGAGAUAUCCUGUGCAGGGCUGACUCACUGUUGGUACAUCCACGAGACCCAUGCCAGUCAUGGCGAGGGUGCAAAGCCAGUCGAAAUCACCAAGUUCACCCUAACACCAGAAGACUUUGGCCUGCCUCGACAUCCACUGGAGACCGUCCACGGCGGCAAAGGACCAGCGGAGAAUGCAGAGAUCCUGAUGCAAAUUCUGCGCAAUGAGCGACCAGACGACGACCCCGUGCUACAUUUCGUACUCCUGAACACUGCUGCUCUGAUCACGACGAGCGGCAUGUGCGAGGCAGACGAAAGCGACAUGGGUCAUGGUGAUGAUGGUAAGGUCAUCAAGGAACGAGGACCAGGAGGUCUCCGCUGGAAAGAGGGUCUACGUCGAGCAAAGUGGUGCAUAAAGAGCGGCGAGGCGCUUCGACAGUGGGAUGCCUUUGUGGAGGUGACCAACUCCAUGCCAUCGACAUAA